AUGACGGCAAAGGCGUGUAUACUGGUGACGGUAAGUGACGUGUGUACUGAUGGCGGUAGUGACGUGUGUACUGAUGGCCGUAGUGACGUGUGUACUGAUGGCGGUAGUGACGUGUGUACUGAUGACGGUAGUGACGUGUGUACUGAUGACGGUAGUGACGUGUGUACUGAUGACGGUAAUGACGUGUGUAUUGAUGACGGUAGUGACGUGUGUACUGAUGAUGGUAGUGACGUCUUUACUAAUGACGUCACUGACGUAAAUACUACUGACGGUAGUGACGUGUGUACUGAUGACGGAAGUGACGUGCGUUCUGAUGACGGUAGUGACGUGUGUACUAAUGACGGUAGUGGCGUGUAUACCGAUGGCGGUAGUGACAUGUAUACUGAUGGCGGUAGUGACAUGUGUACUGAUGACGGUUGUGACGUGUAUACUGAUGACUGUAGUGACGUGUGUACUGAUGGCGGUAGUGACGUGUAUACUGAUGACUGUAGUGACGUGUAUACUGAUGACUGUAAUGACGUGUAUACUGAUGACAGUAGUGACGUUUAUACUGAUGACUGUAGUGACGUGUGUACUGAUGGCGGUAGUGACGUGUGUACUGAUGACGGUAGUGACGUACUGAUGACGGUAGUGACGUGUAUAUUGAUGGCGGUAGAGACGUAA